GGCAGCAGAGACCUCUCCGAGAUGUCAGGUAUUAGUCCGGAGGGGCAGAUCUGCGAGCCACACAGCAGCUCCCGGGUCUACGGUACAUUAGGCUCUCCGUGGGAGCGGGAUCCCAGACAGCUCUGCUGGGGAGCCAGCCCAGGAGAUUUGUUAGCGGGCUGCUCCGGGGGAUACCAGCCACCUCCGGCACCCGAGCGCCAAAGGUGCCUGUGCUGCUGCUGCUGCUGCUGCUGGCGCAUUUCAUCCAAACUCCAGCCAGAGCGAGGGCAACUUGAACCGGAGACAUUAGAGCCACUGUGCUUUGGAGAGACGAGGGCGCACGGGGAGCGCGGCGGCACCAUGCCUGCGAUCAAGAAGGAGCGACUUGACAGGGAAGAGAUGGCCCUGGCAGCUUUUAACCAGCCCAUGGAAACCUUACCUGACUACCUCGCGCCUCUGGCCGCCGCUGCCAUUCCGGUGGUCACCCCGCACCCGCCGGCUUACGAGCAGAUCUUUGCCCACCGCGCGUACCUGGGCUUCCACGAGCCCCACCACCCCCACCCGCACCACCCGCACCACCCCCACCACCUCCCCGAGGACCUGAUGCUGGAGAGGUUUUCCUCCAUCCCGGAUUUCCAGCCCUUCUUUGACAACGGAGAGCCGUGCAUCGAGGUGGAGUGCGGGGAGAACAAGGCGCUGCUCUACAUCAAUAAGUUGUGCCAAGGGAGCAAAGGACCCUCUAUCCGGUACCGGGGAGAGUGGCUCACCCCCAACGAGUUCCAGUUUGUCAGCGGCAGAGAGACGGCCAAGGACUGGAAGCGCAGCAUCAGGCACAAAGGGAAAAGUUUGAAGACUCUUAUGUCCAAAGGAAUCUUACAGAACCGGGGCCGCCUGGCAGAGAAGAGGACGAUCCCCCUGCCCCCCUCCCGCAUCCCCAAGAAGGAGCUGAGCUCGGUGUUCUCGCACAGCGACGACAGCGAGGAGAGCGACAGGAGCAAUGGGCAGCACCCCGAGGUGAAGCAGGAGGAGGAUCUGCACAUCAGUAUCAUGAAAAGGAG